UGUAAUAUAAAACGAUAAGCAAAAUUGUAAAUUCAUUUUAUAAAAAACUAACUUUCUAUAACGAAAAAAGUGUCUGAAAUAUUAAGGUUUUGUUGGGAAAUACUAGCAGAGGAAUGAUAAAAAGGUUUCGUGAAUUGUAAUUCGAGUUAUCACAAGUUGAUAAUAGAAAAAUUGCAAAGUAAUUUCAUAAUUGCUGUUUGUCACACUCGUGUGAAUCAAUUGCAGAGGAUUCAAAGUGGAAUUUCUUGUUCGUUUAAAAAGUUCUCGUUAAUAAAUUCUUUUUAAUAAAAUAUGAAUAAUUCGGGAUUAAGGCGCAGGAAAGAGGGAAAAGAACAAAAUGGGAAGCAAGUACGACCUAGAAAAUCAAAAAAACCCGAAACGUCUGGAUUACAAAAGUCUUUAUUUUGCCUUAUACUCAGUGCGAUGAUAUUAACAAUUUUUACAAUUAUGUAUAUUGAUUACAUUCCAAGUCAUUUAAAGCACAUAGCCAUCGAUAAAGUGGCUAAAGCUUUGGGGUACCACAAGCCAGUUCAUGCUGUUGUUAUAGACGCUGGAAGCACGGGAUCACGCGUUUUAGCUUUUACAUUCCACAAAGCAUAUUUGGAUGAUCAUUUAAUUUUAGAUAAAGAACUUUUUGAAUUUACCAAACCUGGGUUGUCAUUUUUUGCAGAUAAACCAGAAGAGGGUGCUGCUAGUAUCGCAUCGUUAAUAGAAAAAGCAAAAAAAGAAAUUCCUCAACAAUACUGGUCAUCAACUCCUUUAAUACUUAAAGCAACUGCUGGUUUGCGACUUCUACCUGAAGAUAAAGCGGAUGGUUUAUUAAAUGCUGUUCGAAAACUUUUCAAAGAAACCCCAUUUAUUACAAACGACGAAUCUGUAGCGAUAAUGGACGGAGUUGAUGAGGGAAUCUUUUCAUGGUUUACAGUGAAUUUUUUGUUGGAUAAAUUUUAUGAUCCAAAAACGACGGUUGCGGCUUUAGAUUUAGGUGGGGGUUCAACUCAAGUCACUUUUUAUCCUGCGACACCUUCAAGUUUGGCUGCUAAAGAGUACAUUCAUGAUGCUUUAACUCCUGCUGGAACAUUACCGGUUUACACGCACAGUUAUUUAGGGUUGGGUUUAAUGGCAGCUCGUAAACAUAUCAUUACUUUGAACCAGCCAGAAAAGACUGAAGUUACCAGUUCUUGUAUUAAUCAUGUGGUUAAAAAUAAAAAAUUCCAUUUCGCUGGAAAAGAUUAUUUUGUAAGUGGACCAGAUGAAAAAUAUCAAAAAGUCCAUAUGAAGGGUGACGAAACCUUUGUUGAUCUUGAUGUUCCUGUUAUUAAUUAUAAAGAAUGUUCCGGAGAUAUUAUUAAAUAUGUUUCUUCGAUUGCCAAACCUUUGGCUGAGUUACCAGCUUUAAAUAUAUUUGCAUUUAGUUAUUAUUUUGAUCGUGCUUCGGAAGUUGGUUUAAUUGAUGAAGCCGUUGGCGGAAGAAUUAAAUUGAACGAAUUUGAAAAGGCAGCUCAAAAUGCUUGUAAUACAGCGAAUGUUGAACAACCUUUCAUGUGUUUAGAUUUGACGUUUAUUUGGGCUUUAUUGCAUAAAGGAUUUGGAUUGGGACCAGAUACAACUAUUUACCUCUACAAGAAAAUUAACGGACAUGAAAUUAGUUGGGCUUUGGGUGCUGCACACCACAUAUUAAAUUAACUGAAUCAAGUACAACUUUUUCACUGAUGACAAACAAUUUCCACAACUUUAAAUAUAACACAACUACAUUCGUUUAAAUUAUAAAAUAACAUUUCCAAUUUUUUUUAUUGAAGUUUAUUCAAGAUGUGCCUUAUUUUUAACACAACUUUUUUUGUAUACUAGGUUUAUGUCUUUAGGCUGUGCGAUUUGAUUCCUUUUGUACUAUGAUUAUUGAUUACAAUAAAAUGACUUUAGACAUAUAUUUUUUCGUUAUCAAAUGUGAAACUAACAUCGAAUUUGUACAUUUUUCAUUGAAAUUGUGUAUAAAAAGAAUGUCUUUCUGUUAAUAUUCACUAAAACGCAAUAAUAAAAUUAUUUUCUAACUUUA